GUCUUGCUUGGCUUAAUGGCUUGGGUGUCGUAUGUCUGUGGAUGAAUCCGAUAGAUCCUUAGUACUGUUUAAAUGAAAAAGUUGAUAGCUUCAGUGUCAUUUGCCUUUUUAAUUUUUAUAUUCCAUAAAUUAUUCUAUGAGGACGAACAAUAUACCUUCGAAAAGAGCCACAUACUCAAAGAAGCCCAAACACAUACAGAGGGUGAUGUUGACCAUAAAUUUCAAUUGCCAUUAAAAGUAGUGGGAUUGAUACUGGCUCGUGGCGGUAGCAAGGGUAUACCGAAGAAGAACUUGGCAAGAGUUGGUAACCUGACGUUACUUGGGAGAUCACUGAAAUCCAUAAACGAAUUUGGGCGUUUCGACUCGGUGUGGGUUUCAACCGAUGAUAAAGAAAUAGCAGAAGAGGCCCAGAGAUGGGGAGCCAAAGUGCAUUGGCGGUCAUCUGAAAGUGCAACAGAUACAGCUUCGUCAAUGAUCGGUGUCGAAGACUUCCUCGCUCACCAUGGAGAUGUUGAUGUAAUAGCACUGGUCCAGUGUACGUCUCCUUUUCUGAGCCCAUUGUUUUUAAUGCAAGCUCAUGUAAUGGUGUUGAAUGAUAAAUAUGAUACUGUGUUUGCUGCCACAAGGAGCCAUCAUCUGCGUUGGCAUCAAGACAUUGGUAAGUUUUGCUUUGAAUAUUUCAGAAAAACACAGACACAUGUUCCUUUUUAAUUAUGGAGCUAUUUAGUGUUUUCUUGAAAGAUUGCGUAUGUAAUUAGUUUUCCCAAGACAUGUAUUCUAUUAAAAAAAGUCAGAGUAGAUAUGGCACACUAGUUACUUUAUUAUCUUUCUCUCUGUAUCUCCCCCCUCCCCCCAUUUUUCCUUUCUGCACCUACCACUCCAUCCUCUCUGUCUCCAUCCCUCCCUAUCCCUUUCCCUCUAUUCAGGCUACUAUCUGUGUUUCCCUGGCCUCCUUUUCCACACCCAUAGAGUGGAUUUUGUGACAGUCUAAUGGUCUUCCCUUCUGCAUUAAGAGGAACUCUCUUUAAAUAAUCAGUAUCUAGUAUUUUUAGAUUAUGGUGUGUUAAGUUACAUUC